AUGGAGCACGCUCAUCAAUUAGUAAAGGUGACGAAUUUUAUGCUUCACUUGAUGCUGCUGCUACCCCUCCAGACGAGCUCGACUAGCGGCGCUACUGGUGGUGGAAAUCCCUCCAGCAGCAACGCCCUCGCUAUCGGUGGAUUCGGUGGUACCGUGGGAAAAGCUUCCACCGACUUUUCCGGCUCAAUCGGUCGUGAGAGGUACGCGCAGUCAAAAGGAACCGGCGGUUGUAAUCGAGUGGUGUUCGAGUCGAAGCACAUCCGAAACGGGAGCAUCGCACCGGCCCAUUCGAAGCAUUCCGGUCUGUUUCCAUCGAACUUGUGCCAGCUGUUCGAGUUUGUCGGCGAUGGUGCGGAACGUGUUCAGAUCAUCUUUUCCGAGUUCCGCCUGCCGUCCCAGCUCGGCCCAACCGAAUGUGGUGACACGGAUAUCCUAAUGGUCUACUACAUUGUUAACGACCGUGAGGAGCUCGUGGAGACGCUUUGCGGUGACACGCUGCCCAAACCGAUCCUCUCCGAUGGGUCGCGGUUGCUGCUGGAGCUUCGCAGCAGUUACAACAACACCGAGAACAAGGGCUUUACGGGGGAUUUCUUCUUUCUCACCAAUUUUGGCAUUCCCACCGGAUACCAACCGUCUCAGUCGGAGUGCACUUUCCACUACUUCCGGAACGCCACCACCGGCCAGGGAUGGAUCCAGUCACCGAAUUUCCCCGGAGCAUAUCCCAGAAACAUCAUCUGUAACUAUUUCUUCCACGGCGAUCCAAAUGAGUUCGUCCACGUGCGCUUCACGUACUUCGACAUCGAAGGGAUUCGACCCUGCGACGAGGACACUGCCAGCGAUUACGUGGAGUUUUCUAAUUUUGUCACGCGCGAUCGCAAGUACGCCAUGUACUGCGGGAACUGGCGUGAGCUAACGGUUCGUUCGGACGGGCGGUUCUUUCGCAUUACGAUGGCAUCGAACGAUCGUCUGGAUGGGACCGGCUUUCGGGCGUUGUACACCUUCGAGACGGCCCCGGUGGGGACGACGGAGCGGACCGAGAUGGCGGCGAUGGGCAAGGUCACCACGACCAGUGCCGCCAGCAGGAUGCACGGUCCUUUGUCACCGGUGGCACUGAUUACGGCCGCUUCCUCAUCCGUAACCUCGACAGGCAUCGGCAUCAUUAGCAUUAUUGGUUUGGAGCUCAUAAAAUAUGUCCAAGACUGAUGACAGCACCCCAACAAAGCGCGAUGCGAAAAUGUGGCAGACGAGUCGGGCGAAUUUACGGCCGUGAGCUGAAAUUGCUUCCGUUAUCAGUUUGCGUAGGAUGCGUCCGACAGAGCUGAACCGCCACGGAAGUUACCCGACGCGAGCAUGAAAAAAUGGAGGGGUUGAGAUUUGAAACAACUCAGACAAAACCGGAAAAGCCCCACGGGAAUGAAAAAAAAACGCACACCCUUGAACAUUUUUGAGCUAAUCCUUCAGUUCUGGGGAAUUGUACGUGUUCAACAUGUAUGGGUUUGAUUCCCCGGAUCACAAACGUAAACUAAAAACUAAGUUAGGCUCUACGAGCCCCAAAGCGCAAAAAAUUGUAUCACAGU